AGAGAGAGAGAUUGAAAAUGGUAUCAAUGGCAGCUCCAACAACAAGCGCCUAUUGUGGCUACUAUUACAAGACUCGCAGCAAAAACUUUAAUGGCUUAAUCCGUCCACGAGUUAUCCUUUCUCAACAGCAAAACGACAACGACAACAACAAUAAACCAAGCGACCAAAUUGCUCGAAGGGAAAUCAUAUUGAGGAGCAGCGAAAUAGCAGUAGUUGGUGCCAUUUUCAAUCUCAGUGGAAAAAAGCCUGAAUAUUUGGGAGUACAGAAGAAUCAACAAGCAUUAGCUCUGUGUCCGGCUACUAAGAAUUGUAUUUCAACUUCUGAAAAUAUCAGCGAUCUUACUCAUUAUACUCCGCCUUGGAAUUACAACGGGAACAGAAAAAAGCCGGUGAAUAAAGAAGUGGCAAUGAAGGAGCUUCUUCAAGUGAUACAAUCAACAAAACCGGAUAAAUUUACACCCCGGGUUGCAGAGAAGAGUGAUGAUUACGUGCAUGUGGAAUACCAAAGUCCAAUUUUAGGGUUAGUGGAUGACGUCGAGUUUUGGUUCCCACCGGGCAAUAACUCCACUGUGGAGUAUAGAUCUGCAUCACGGUUAGGGAACUUCGACUUUGACUACAACAGAAAGAGAAUCAAGACAUUGCGAGAAGAAUUAGAGAAGAAGGGAUGGGCUUCUGCAGACAGCUUCUAAAGAUAACAGAGACAGGAUGGGCUUCUCGAGCAGUGUUCAUUAGCUGAUCCCAUACCGUACAUCUCUAAUAUUGUUGUGAAAUAAGGAACAAAUUGAUACCAUCAUUCUUUCUUUCUAAAAACUAUGAUAAUUUUGGGGGACAAAAAGAUAAUGGAUUCUUCCCAGGCUGACUACAAUCAACAAUACAUUUUCAAGUGAGACUAAUAUACAUGUUAAAUUUUUCACCCUUA